CAAUGGCCCGAGAGCCCUAAAAUCCCAAGUCCACAGCAAACCUGGCAGGUUCUUCUUCUCCUCUCUCCGGCUUCCUUCCACAGUGCCAUUGGCUCUCUCUCUUUCUACCUCUAUCUUCAACAUGAAGCUCGUCAGGUUUUUAAUGAAGUUGAACAAUGAAACGGUGUCCAUUGAGCUUAAGAAUGGAACCGUUGUUCACGGUACCAUCACAGGUGUGGAUAUCAGUAUGAACACCCAUCUGAAAACCGUGAAACUCACUUUGAAAGGGAAAAAUCCGGUCACUUUAGAUCACCUUAGCGUGCGGGGUAACAAUAUUCGUUACUAUAUCCUGCCUGACAGCUUAAAUCUUGAGACGCUGCUAGUUGAAGAGACACCUAGGGUGAAACCUAAGAAGCCAACAGCUGGGAAGCCUUUGGGACGUGGUCGGGGUCGUGGCCGUGGGCGUGGACGUGGUCGAGGCCGUUAAAUAUGCACUGUAUUUUUGGGACUGCUGGAUAUGGAGACAGCUUUGUUGUAGGGUGAAUUCCUUUGGUGAUGUUACGAAUACUAUAGGGAAAUUGUAUUGGGAUUUUUGUAUUUUGUGAGAUUUUUGGCCUGGUUUGGAUAGCUUAAUCAUGAAAACCUGAGAUUCCUUGAA